AUGGACAAGCUGCUGUUUUGGGUCUCUGUCCUCACCAGCCUCCAGGGAACCUUCGCUCAGACAGACCUCAGAGGAAAGGUAUUUGUGUUCCCUAGAGAAUCUUCUUCUGACCAUGUGAAUGUGAUUGCGGAGGUGAAGAAGCCUCUGCAGAACCUCACCUUGUGUUUGCGAGCCUAUAGUGACCUUUCCCGGGCCUACAGCCUCUUCUCCUACAAUGCUCAGGGUAAGGACAACGAGCUACUGAUCUAUAAAGAAAAAGCUGGACAGUAUAAUCUAUACAUCGGACGGAGCAAAGUCACAGCCAAGGUUGUCGAAGACCCCCUUGCCCCGGUCCACAUCUGUACCAGCUGGGAGUCCUCCACAGGCAUUGCUGAAUUUUGGAUCAAUGGAAAACCUCUGGUGAAAAAGGGUUUGAAGCAGGGAUACUCGGUGGAACCUCACCCCAAGAUUGUCCUGGGACAGGAGCAAGAUUCCUAUGGAGGCAGUUUUGAUAAGAGCCAGUCCUUUGUGGGCGAGAUCGCAGAUUUAUACUUGUGGGACACGGUGCUGUCUCCAGAAGAGAUCCAGCUUGUAUAUCAGGAUUCCCCUCCCAGUCCGAAUAUCCUGAACUGGAGAGAUCUGAACUAUGAAGUGAAUGGUUAUGUUGUCACCAAGCCCCGGGUCUGGGACUCUAAAACUUCUCCAGGUGUGUCACCAAGUGGAGGAAAAUUUAGGUGA